AUGGAUAGUGAUGGCCUUCCAUCUAGCUAUGUUUGCAAAGUCCUUGCUUGUUUGGGCAAGUGGCAAACAAAGCUCAUCGGUUUGGCUGAACCGCUUGAUAGCAGGGAUCCAUCUUUGAAGCCGCUGAUCACUAAGGCAGAUGAUGUUGGCAAGUCGCUGGAUUCAUGUGCUGAUCGAAUCUCAGAAGUGAGUUCUGUGGGGAUUGCCUCUGGCUACACGCAUGUGCAACAAGAUGAACUCAAGAACAUCUACAUGGAUUGCAAGAAAGGGCGCCGUGGCAUCAUUAGUUUGCUAGUUGAAGGUUGCCAACACCAUGGCCGCAGUAUGAGCUAUGAGCAGUGUGUGCCGAGAGGCAUUGAACUUGAUGAGCAGGGCCCAGCCUCGUGGCGCUGGGCGCCAAUGCGCGUGCUGGCAGAGAAGACGAAAGCAUUGGCAGAUGAGCACGGGAAAUCCUUUGCCAAGAAUUCAAUGGGCUCUCUCGGGUUGAGCGUUGCCAAUGCAAAUCAAGCGUUCAGCCGAGUGGUAUCCAAGUUUCACUUCACCCUCAAGAUCCCGAUUGCUACCUACGUGCAUGCAGAGGGCCCGGCCACAGCUUCACUCCCGUACCACAGCCCGACACAGCUCUUGAGUGUUCUUUUGGAAAAGUACCCAUGGCUGUUGAUGGGUGGAUGUGAUCAAGAAGAGUGUUGCCGCCAGUUGCUGCUUGCAUUUUGGGACUGCUAUGAGCAAGAGCACCCAGAACAUGAAAUCUUCAAACAGAAAAACCGCGACCGGUUGGGAAAGACAAUCCCCUUAACAAUGCAUGGGGACGGUGGCCGGACCCAGAAAAAGCAGCCCUUAGAGAUUUGCAGUUUGCAGCCAGUCCUUGGGCUGAACAGCGCAAGCUGUGCAAGCGUGAGUUGCCAUUGCCCAACCUCAGUGAAGCAUGGCUCUGGCCAAUUUGGUGACCCGCUGCGUCAAUGCUUGAACAGCAAACACAACACGUACAUGACUCAUUUUUUGCUGUUUGCAUAUCCAUCAAAGAGCUACAAGGAUUUUGCAAAUCUACUUCAUGGGUUGCUUCAGUGUGUUUGUGAUGACCUCGCUGAAGUUUGCAAAUCCGGUAUCAAAACAGCUGGUGGUCGCCACUACUACUUUGCCAGUGUAGGCUUCAAGCUGGACAUGGAAUGGAUGGCGAAGAUAGGCUCCUUAACAAGGAGCUAUCAGAACGUUGGCCAUGUCAACCAAAUCCCUUGCUGCCACGAGUGCGAUGCAGGGGCGCAUAAUGUGCACUUCGAGGAUGUGAAUCCCAAUGCGCGUUGGAUUGCGACAAGGUUUGCAACACUACCUUGGGAGCAUACAGAUCAUACAGGUUCUUUGUAUGGCCAAGCCAGCCUAGGCUUUCCAGAUCCAGAUGGUGGAAAUAGUACAGCGGAUUGUUUGAAGCGUGCCUUCGGAAACCUAUCCUUGUUUUGCUUUGUUAACAAGCUACACCUAGGUGGAAUCAGGGGAUUCAUGCCUGCCAACUUCCAUGCAGAAAAGUCUGCAUUCCCGUGGGUUGGGUGCAAAGGCUCCGACACCGUGGUGAUUUUGAAGUGGUUGGCCUUCCUGCUCAAGCUUCACCUUCAAGAGAGCUCCUGGUCCGCGACUGACCAACAGGUCCUUGAGUGGAUGUUACAAGGGGCAACAUGUGCCCUCAUGUUCACACAAGGAAUCCAUCGCCACGGUGUAUGGUUGACCCGUUCAUGUGCUGUGCAUUUGCGGCGUGCUGUGCAAAAGUUCGGAGGAGCAUACGCGCAAUUGGCCCAACACAGCCUUAGUUUGGGGUAUUGCUUGUUUGGCAUGGUGCCCAAAUUGCAUGCCUAUAUGCACUUCCGGACGGAUCUGGAUGAUAUGCUGAAGGAUGCUGAACGCAACUUUGCUCUCAACCCUGCAGUCUUUGACAAUUCAAUGAGUGAAGAUUUCAUUGGGCGUGUAGCCCGCCAAUCACGUAGAUUGAGUUUCAAAAACAUUGAACGCACAAUCCUUCAGGCUUACCAAAUCAAAGCCAAGUUUUGCUUGGACAAGUUCUCAAAGAACAAGUCUCUAAGGCCAGGACGCCAGAUCAAGAACAGUGGUAGCUGA